AUGACUGACUUAACACCGGUAUUCAACCAAUGUGUAAACAUUGUUCAGUCUGAAAUCAAGCCCCAAAAGCAUCCACAAUCCAAAGAACAACCAUUAUAUCUAAUCAAAGACAGCUUCAAUAAAGAAUGUAUUGAAUUUUACCAAAUUUUAAGCAAUCUAAGUCAUUUCAUCACAGAAAUCAAGGCGGAGUACCUUGCUGUAUCUGACAAUGCAUCUAACUCAGUAUCUAAAGACAAGAUUGAUGAACAAUUCAAUACCAGAGUUCAACAAUGCUUCAAGAAGAUAGGGGCGUUAGAAACAUAUGAGACGAAAAGGAAACAAAUGAUUAAGGCAACGCUACAGAAACGAUGGUUUUUCCAAGAUGGCAAUGAACAAGACCUCUAUUUUGAAACUGAGGCUAGUCAUAGACAUCAAGUGUUACGAUUCUUGAUGGAAUCAUUAGUCAACUUAUCCAAAACCUAUGAAAAAAUGCAACGCAAACGAAUCCAACGUGAAAAACAACUAAAUUCAUUAAACUUUCAAAAUAUCAAUGAUGAUCUAGAGAAAGAUUUGGAUAACUCAAAAAUGUUCACUAGCUUGGAUCGAAUACAACAAGAUAUAGAAAAAGAGGAGGAAACACCACAAUUCGAAAUGAGUCAGGAACAAAUUCAAGAAUUGGAAUCAGAAAACAAAGAAUUACUCAAUUUGAAAACAGCUCAAUUGAACCAGGUUGAUAACAUACAACAAUCCAUUCUUGACAUUGUAAAUAUCCAAAACGAAUUAAGCUUUAAAUUGCAAGAGCAAGGAGAUCAAAUCGAUAAUUUGAUGGACACCCAUUCACAAGUCGAGUUGGAAGUCAAAGAGGGUAACCGAACAUUGAAUAAGGCAACAAGAAGAAACAAAAGAGGAACCAAUUACUUGGUUACUAUUUGUAUCCUAUUGGGUUGUCUUUUGGUCAUUGUAGAUUUUUUAAAGUUUAUAUAG